AGUACUAAGUUGGCAUCGCCGGUGAGCUCCCACAAACAGAAUCUCUCCUGGGUUGUUUUUGCUGAAGAGUCUCCCGCUCGUGAGGAAGAUACAGCAUAAAACCGUGCUUCCAGACAUUCUGCACUUUAGUCUAGUGUCGGUUCUCAUUCCGAUCGGACUCGUGAAAAUUACCGGGACUUACUACCGUAUAGCUCUGUAUUAAACUCAAAGUUGGAAUAUAAUCUAUUGGUAAAUUUUCUUAAGAGGAAAAAUUGGUGGAGAGAAAUCAGAGAUCUUUUAUUGCAUCCAAAAUUUUAUUUUAGGCUCUAUAGCUAAUAAAAUGUCUUUGUGGAGGUGACAAUUUUUUUUUGCUAUAGGUGAGACUGGGAAAAAUUAAUUAAAUUAUUGGGUCGGAUACCGCGCGAGUGUUUUACUUUGAAUUAUUGCAAGUCGUGCUCAAAUAGUGAAACGCACGUCUAAAUUGAAUUGGAAAUUUUCAUUGCUGGCGGAAUCUAAAACUAAAUCAAUAUAUGUACAGUGCGUUCGCGGUUCGUAAACUAUAUUUCGUGGCUCUUGAGCUCCACAAAGAUGCAACAUAUUGGAUGAACCUGUGCAAUAGUGAUCACUAUCAAAAUCACUAAUAUUAUUGAAGAGCUUAUAAGCAUCCCUAAAGUACACAAUUGCACAUACCGCAGGAGAAUUGCCACAAAUACCAAAUACCAUUUUGUUCUGGCAAAAUAUAUGUAGAUCAUGCGAAAAGUAUCCGGUAAAUUCAAUUAAUUUAAACAACAGUCGUGGAAAACAUCUGUGGAAAAAGAUAUUAUUCUAUAUUAUCCUGAAUUUACCAGUGGUGGUGUUUAUCGCAAAAUUUGAGUGCAUGUGCAAUACAUAAUACAGUACAAUUGCAUAAAACUCAGCUGUGUAUUUUGCAAAUUAUUGUGAAUUUGAAAAGGAUUAUCACUUCAUGGAAUUCAUCAGCAGUGGAUUAAUAAUUCCGCUUUGUGUGCUCAAAAUUGUGGAUUCCAGUGAUUGAACUUACAAAAGAGGUUUAUUUGAGGUGCUGCACAGAUAGAGAAAGAGAGGGAGAGUAUAAAAAGAGCGUUGGGAUAUUUAAAAUGCUUGCCAACGAAUGAUACCUCCAUCAACAAAUUUGAUCCCUUACCCACCGCAUUUGCUGUCCAUGCCAUCAUACCUGUGGACUCUGCUUCUAAUGGCUAUUCUCAUAGCCAGGCGCAGCGGUGUACGGGCUCAGCAGCAACCGCCGAAUCAACACCAGCAGCAGCACAAUUUAUGUGGUGGCUAUUUAAAUGGAACACAAGGCAUUAUUCAGACUCCAAACUUUCCCAAUAAAUUUCCCGUUCCAAUUUCCUGUGUCUGGAUUAUCGAUGCAUCCAGCAAUCCUUCAAUCAAUGUAUCCAUUGUCAUCUACUUGACGCAGAUGUAUGCCUUGAAUGGUCUCAAAUUUACUGAAUACAUGUACUACAGUGCCGAUUACAAGGUGCCCAGUCAUCAGACAUUUGAGAUCAGCGAAGACAAUGUCACUCAAGUCACCUGGCUCAAAUUCAGCAGCCCAUAUCUAGAAGUUAAAUUUACAAUGCACACCAUCCAUGGGACCCACCUGAGAGCCCUAGACCGUCUCCUAGAUGUCUAUGGCUUCAAUAUUACCUAUGAAGUGGGUUCAGUUAAAACUUACCAAUGCAACGCUUUAAAGUGUCGGUUCCUUGGUCACUGCUACGCAACACAGAAUUUUAGUGACUACUAUUGUUCCUGCUUCCCCGGUUUCAGCGGCACAGAUUGUGGGUUUGGGCCUCUCUGCAAAGAGUCAAACAGAAGCUUCUGCGAAAAUGGUGGGAUUUGCAAACACAUUGGAGAUGCGGCAGUUACGUGCCUGUGCCCUAAUGGAUUUAAGGGGAAUAAAUGUGAUGUGCCAGAAGUUCAUUCAGUUAGUGGUCAGUGUCGAAGUGAAAAUGCUGACAGCUGCCAUCGAGAAUGUGUAUCCAAUGGCGGUGAUGACAAAUUUUGCAAAUGUCGUGCCUCGUCAGCAAAUUUUCAUCGUCGUCAGGAUAGAUAUGAGGUGACAAUUCGACUUGGUAACUCAUCACUUUUUCUUGGAGGUGAUAAGGGCAACAAUAUCUCGACAGUAUCCACAAAGAGAAUCAAUACAAUGCUCUCGAACCAUUUGGAGAAAUACAUUAAUCGAUUUCUACGAAAUUCCAAUAUCACCAAUGUGACGGAUUUGGAAAUUUCCAAAGAAUUAUCAACUGGUCCAGAUGUAACAUUUCAUUUCUUCGGAAGUGAAUUGGAUGGUUCACGUGUUCGUGAUGCCGUUAAUCGUCUGGUGGAACGAGGCCGUAUUGGAAACUUCACACUGGUUCAAACAUAUCAAUCUUUUCGUCAGGAGCCCGGCUUACAGUUGCAGUCAGUCGUGGUUAAUCAAAAGUCUGCUAUUCGCGAAAAAUCCGAAUUUAUCUUAUCAUGUGUGGCUCAAGGAUCACCCAAGAUGAUUUUCCGUUGGUACAAAAAUGGUGUCUUCAUCAACAUCACAAAAGCUACAAGGAAUAUGUGGACACGUCUGCUCCCGCAGGAUUCGAAAAAUCAUUAUACAGCCCUCCUGGGAAUAUCCGAGACUAGCCGCCUGGAUGAGGGACUCUACACUUGUCAGGUGGCUGACUGGGGUCGACAACAGUGUCAAUCGACGCUAGUCUAUGUCCUUCCUGCACCCCAGCUGAGGAUUGAUCCACCCAGCGUUACACUAUACCGUGGACAAUCUUUGCGUUUGAGGUGCCUAUCGUCCAACAAUGACCACAGAUAUGGACCAUUGGGUUAUAGUUGGAGCAAGAAUAACCAACUAUUCCAGUCAGAUCCAGAUACGGAAUUCUGGGAGGAUCUCUAUCCGGAUGGGAGUAUCCUCAAUAUUCAUAACAUUCAGAAAUCUGCAGAGUACUCUUGCAUAGUGUCCAAUAUGGUAGCCCCAGUGUCAAAGAGUGUCUAUAUUACAGUGAUAGAUAAGGGUGUUGUUGAGUUAUGUCCAUCUGACAAAUUAUUUGGUGUUCAGUGGCCUCCAAGUGCACCUGGACCAGCAGUUUUGGCUGACUGUCCGAACCAUGCUGCUGGUCAAUCGAGGCGAAUUUGUGAACAGACAGACUUUGCCAAACCACGAUGGCUUCAGCCUGACUUUUCACAUUGUGUGCCUGAACAUUUGGGAAUCAUUUACAAUGAUUUCCUUGAAGUGACUUUUGGCUACCAAAGGUCCAAUACAUCGGUGAUUCUGCAAAACACUCUCGAGUAUGCCAUCAAUAGAAAGGACCACUUUCUGCCUGGUGAAGCAGCAUUUCUGCUCAGAAUGCUACAAGAGAUUCACGACUAUUUGGACGAGGUUGGUUCACGUUGUGAACGUGAUAUUGCAUCAGACACAACACUCCAGAUUCUCGAUAUCAUCCUGAAAAAUGAAUUUUCCAUCAACAACCAGCAGCAAGUCAAACAUGUGCAGAGGUUAUUUCUCAUGGCAGCAUCGAAUCGGGAGAGCGUUGCAACGUCAGGACCGAAAUUGGCUGCAUCAACAUCUAACCAGUUGAGCUCAUUUCGUUUGCACAACACCCCAGUUAAGGCCCUGCCAUUCGAAUUGCAAAUAUCCGGGGAUCAGCUGUUCUCGGAUCAACUGUAUUUGGAAAUCAACAAGGGCACAACAUCCCUCCUUGACUUCGUUGGAAACUCAUCCCUCUCCGUUACAGUAAUCUCAUACAGGAAUCUCACGAGCUUUCUCCCCCAUAUGUACAUCACGAGAAAUAGAUUUCUGACCAAUCGAUCAACAUCACCACAAGAUGCGUCCAACAACCAACAAACAAUACCCAUGGGCUUCGAUAUGGCACGUGUAGAAAUGAUUCUACAGCAUAAUCAUUCUCCGACACCUGAAUGGGUUCCCGUGUGUGGCUACGAUUCAUCGACGAAUAACCAGGAAACCUGGAAUACUGAUAUGUGCCUCACUGAGAAUCUUCUAGAGAACAUCACGCGGUGCAUUUGUCCCAUUUCCGGGACGUAUGUCGUCCUGCUAGCCAGGCAGAAUUACAAUACUUCCGCUGUUCAAACAACAACUCGACCAAUGUUUGUCAUCCUCUGCUGCGGCUGUUGUUUCAUUCAAUCAUGUACAGCAUUCGCAGUUCUGCUUCCGGUGCUGUACCAUCGUAAAUGUAGUGUAACUUUUUUGAAGAUGCAAUUUUGUACAACAACAUCGACUGUUAUGGCAAUUUUUACACUGGGAUUGGUGAAGCUUCUGCCAAAAGAAUGGUCUAGCGUGAUUAGUUCGACACUGGCGGGCCUCUUACUCAUGGGAUCCACAACUCUUAUCGCCAUAAUUCUCAUCGUUCAAUACGAGGUGGGACAGCAGCUGCGUCGGGUUCAAUCAGUGAACUUCUCCUCGGGACUGCGUGGUGCCAUCGGCCUGAGCUGGCUUUUGCCUAUUUUGUAUUCAAUGUGUGUCCCCAUGGUACACAGCAUCGUGAAAAUGUGGCCCAACAAUUGGUGGCAAGAAGUCGGAAGUUUUGGAUUUAUGCUUUUUGUUGGAACGGAAAUCCUAUUUGUGAUACUGUUUGCCCUUUUAUUCUUUACAUUGAUAAGGAAACUUGUGUAUUUAAGUCGAAAGAACGACAAACAUAAUUCAUCGAUUAUGCGAAGAAUUGGCCUUCUCGUGAGAUCAGCAUUUCUCUACUUUGUGAAAUUACUGACUAUUGUUUCAUUCCUUAUCUACAUACAUUUUAACGAAUUUAUCAACAGUUGCAUUUUUGGACUGUGCUGUUUUAUACUGGGUUCAUCAAUUUUGCUGUGCUUUGUUGUAAAAGCCGAGGAGAAGCUCAAGUUCGAACCGAUGCAGAAGCUGAAAAACGGCAGUUUAGAUGAGAAUUUCUACACAGGAUCCAUAAAUAGUCCUCUGAGCUAUUUCACAAAUCAAGACAUGGAACAGGACAAUGAGGGUGCACCAGCCACGGGAAAGGUUCCCAUGGCAAUUCUAUCGUCACAGUCACAGCAACGAUGUCCCAUAGAGAGACUUGUUCCAAUGAGUCAACAAAGUGUAGAAACUUUUAUUAGUGCUGGCAGUUUUUCGCCACUACCCUCCCUAGAUGGGGGCAAAGCUCACAACUUUGAACCGCCACCGGCUAAGUCGCUAAGAGAGAAAAGUGAUAGCAAGUUUGCUGUGGCAGCGGGUGAAUUGCAAAAUCACUCGUCCCCAUCAUGUGGAAAUUAUCAAGUUUCCCCGGGAAAGUGCUACAUCCAGGAACCCAGUGAAUUUGUCGGAGUGGGUGGUUUGGACAUUCUGCAGGGUGUUGCACCAGAUACUAUUGUUGGUAUCCGGGCACGAAUUUCGUCCGAAUCUCUCGGUCAUCAGCACCAUCAUUCGCAUCACUAUCACCAACACCACCGUACUGCUCCAGAAGCCACGAUGAUUAUUCCCUCAUCGCCUCAGCCGCCACUCCCUAUUAUCACGGUGACCUCACACGAAGAGGAUGCUGCCAUUGAUGGAAUGCUGGACAGAAUAUCACACGACCUGGACUACCUACUGAAUCGGACGGUCACCCCGCCGGAAACCGCCCAGAUUGUCGGUGUGAACAGACGGAAGCAGGGUGAGCAGUCAUCAACUCACUUUUCCCCAACAACAUCUUCCACAGUGGCCACCAUUCCUAUUUCACACGCCCCUGCCCAAAGCACAUCCACCACCUACCCCCAUAGUGUACAGGAAGUGAUCAUCGAGGCAGCCGAAGAAUAGAUGGACGAAUGUGUGCUGAGUAUUCAAUUACGCCCCUGAUAUUUCCUUCCUCUACAUCCCUCACCGAUGCCAUCCAUAUCAAAACCUAAGCAGAAGCCACCCAAAGUGAGUAAAACUAAUAUUUCAUCUCUGUUCCAUCCUUCUAUACUCAUGUAAUAUGAUUGUAUUUUGUUAUAUUAUAGAAGUUUCAUUUGUAUCUCUUGAAAGAAAGACAAUCAUUUAAUUAAAAACUCUUUAAUACAUAAUAAA